UGCCACACCUUCUGUAAUGAGUUUAGGCUACCUUUAAAAGCCUUUAGAGCAGUCCUGCGAGUUACACUAAACUACAGGUUACUGCUAUAACAGGACAAGAAUCCUAUUAGGAACAGAAUGAAGCUUGGAAUCGGACUAGUGAUUUUUGUCUUCUGCAUCAAACAGAGCUUUUCCCAAACAUCCUUCUCUUCAGAUGCCUCACAAUGCAGUUAUUGCCACAAACGUGCCACUUGCAUAGAAAUGGAUAAUUAUAUAACAUGUGCAUGCAAGCCUGGAUAUGUUGGAAAUGGUAUUACCUGUACAGCCUUGGCGUCUUCAAAUAAUGCCUCCUGCCCAAAAGGAUACAAGUGGAGUCCCCAGUUAAAAAAGUGUGAGGAUAUUAAUGAAUGCCAGAUCGGUGAAAACAUAUGUGCCAGUACCUGCUAUAAUAGGAAUGGCGUCUACCUGUGUGCUUACAGUGCAAGUGUUCCUUGCCCAGUCAAUCCUUGUGAGGCUGGAAAGGACUGUUUAAGAACGAAUGGAGUUUUACAAUGUGUUGAUCCAUGUACUUCUUCUCAACCCCUUGAUGCAAACAACAGACUGUACACGAUUAAUACCACUGGGGUAUUCCAGACUGAUCGCUAUAACUAUGGGUGGUUUCAUUAUACAGAAGGUUUUAGAAUGAGAGAAUUAAAUGCUGGCUACAUGAAAUGUGGAUCUCUUACACCUUUUUCUCUUGGAGUGGCGCAUACAACUAUUACACAAAACAUAACAACGGUUCCUCUUCUGGUCAACUCAAAAAACCCAACCACGGGCCCGAACAUUCAAGCAAAAGAUUGCGGAAGUUUCUAUGCUUACAAGUUUUCGGGCAUAACGCAGUAUGCGGUCUAUUGUACAGAACCAGUACCUCCUGCAACAACCACACCAACAACUACAACCACAACCACACCAACAACUACAACCACACCAACAACUCCAACUAGUAUAUCUACCACUCACACAUCACCCUCCGCAAAUAACGACACUUCAACUAUCACACCUGCCGCAUCCUCAACCCUUCAUAGCACUUUAAUUCUUACAACCACUACUCCCACAUCAACCGACACAACUUUACCUAUUUCACCCACCGCUCCCACGUCAAUCUCUACAUCUCAUGCAACACAAACAAGCAUUUCUGCUGAAACCACGGCUACUAUUACUGAAACAACAACAACAACUACAUGUGUGGAAACUGAUACAAAUUGUGGCCCUGCCAUUACUUCACACCAAACAAGUAUGGUAACUGAUACAACUUCUGUCACUGACACUACUCUCACAGAAACAAGCACCUCACACCAAACAAGUACUACUACUACUGACACACAAACUACAAGUGUGGGAACUGAUACAACUUCUGUCACUGACACUACUGUCACAGAAACAGGCACCUCACACCAAACAAGUACUCCUACUACUGACACACAAACUACAAGUGUGGGAACUGAUACAACUUCUGUUACUGACACUACUGUCACAGAAACAAGUACCUCACACCAAACAAGUACUACUACUACUACUGACACACAAACUACAAGUGUGGGAACUGAUCCAAUUUCUGUCACCGGCACUACUGUCACAGAAACAAGCACCUCACACCAAACAAGUACUCCUACUACUGACACACAAACUACAAGUGUGGGAACUGAUACAACUUCUGUCACUGACACUACUGUCACAGAAACAAGCACCUCACACCAAACAAGUACUCCUACUACUGACACACAAACUACAAGUGUGGGAACUGAUCCAAUUUCUGUCACCGACACUACUGUCACAGAAACAAGCACCUCACACCAAACAAGUACUCCUACUACUGACACACAAACUACAAGUGUGGGAACUGAUCCAAUUUCUGUCACUGACACUACUGUCACAGAAACAGGCACCUCACACCAAACAAGUACUCCUACUACUGACACACAAACUACAAGUGUGGGAACUGAUCCAAUUUCUGUCACUGACACUACUGUCACAGAAACAAGCACCUCACACCAAACAAGUACUCCUACUACUGACACACAAACUACAAGUGUGGGAACUGAUCCAAUUUCUGUCACUGACACUACUGUCACAGAAACAGGCACCUCACACCAAACAAGUACUCCUACUACUGACACACAAACUACAAGUGUGGGAACUGAUCCAAUUUCUGUCACUGACACUACUGUCACAGAAACAAGCACCUCACACCAAACAAGUACUCCUACUACUGACACACAAACUACAAGUAUGCUAACUGAUACAACUUCUGUCACUGACACUGACACUACUCUUACAGAAACAACCAACUCACCCACAGCAAGUACUCCUACUAGUUUUACUCAGACACACACAGUGACCCCAACUAAUGCCCCUCAAACCAUCAAACUAACAAUAUCUAUCUUUGGCAGCUCUGAGCUUAUCAAUUUUCUAUACAUUCCUCUAUAUAAUUCCACUAGUAAUACACCUCUUCAUGUGGUUCUGGAAGCACAAGACAGCAGCAAUUCAAGAAAGCAUGUUAUACUGGUUAAUUCCUGGUUUGCCUUUGGAAAUGACACAUCUGAAGACCAAACUUUCUUUGACAACUAUAAAACUAAAAAUUGUCUGCUGGAGAACAAUGCGUGUUACCAAGAAAUUCCUGAUGCUAAUCCAUCCCCUGUCAGGGCGUUCACAAAUUCAAAUAAUGGAGCUUCUGAUAGCAGCUGUCUGAGCAAGUGCCGAGAUGGCAAACAAUACAUCUGUAAUUAAGUAACUAUUACACCCAUGGCUUUACAAGUAAUCUGCCUAAUAAACUCUUAAGGAGUCAUUGGGCAAGCUUCUAGCAAAAUGAAAUGAAUACAAUAAAUUUAAAAAUUGCUGUAACACCUGCUUGGGACUUUUUGCGUUUAUAUUAAAUAUUGACAUGAUUGUAUUCAUGGUAUACAUUUA